GAUUCACAAUGUUGAAGUUACAUUUUUUCACUUAAUUUGGAUGUUUCAUAGUGACUGAAUUGCGCUAGUUUUUUGCAUAAAUACCUCACCAUGCCAGCCAAUGUAAUUUACAACAAUUAACAAACAAUACUUUUUGAACCAUCCAAAUCAUGGCAUCUUUCAUGAUACCAUUCAAAGCCCUGUUCUUCCUCAUAGUCGUCCUGCGUCAGCCUCCCUUUGUUUUUGCUUCUUCAUCCUCCGUUGCUGCAAAUGAAACGGAAACUCUUCUAAAAUGGAAAGCUAGUCUUGACAACAACACCCAAACUUUGCUCUCUUCUUUGUGGGUUGGAGGCAACCAUUGCAACUGGGUGGGAAUCACUUGCGACAUGGAUGGAACCAUCACCGAUCUAAGCCUUCCAGAUCAUAUGUUGAACUUGAAAGGUGCACUUCAUAGUCUUAACUUUUUUUUCUUCCCUAACCUGGUGUGGCUUAACCUUCGUAACAACUCACUGUAUGGGUCCAUUCCCUCACAGAUUGGGAACCUUUCCAAGCUCACCCACCUUGACUUGUCAUACAAUACUUUUUCUGGGAAUAUUCCAUCCGAAAUUUCCUUAUUGAGAAGUCUUGAGUUGAUUUCCUUAUCAAAUAAUGAGAUCAAUGGUUCCAUUCCACAAGAAAUAGGAAGGUUGAGUUCAGUUUCUGUAGACACCGAUUUUGUCCGGGAGGUCGAGAAGAGUUUGUGGGAGAAUUUUGAGAUUUUUCAACCACUGAUGACCGGCGACCCAGGCGGCGGCCGACGCGGUGGUCCGGCGAUCAGACGGUGGCCGGUCGGAGCUCUCCCCGUAGAGCUCCCUCUCUCUCUCUAG